CCCUGACCCCUUGCCCUCCCUUAUUUCUCUUUCCGAUUUUGAGUUUGUCUGAAAUGUUGUUUUGUGAAUUCAAUAUCGGAUUGUUGUAAUGUGUAUGGUGCAGCUACGCACUGAGUAUGAUGUGAAGGUGUAGGAGAAAUGCGCGCGAAGAAUAGGCUACCGAGCAGCGGACACAGCAGCCCUUCGACGCCGUCGUCGCCUCGCUCUCGGUCGCCUCAGGUAAGCCGCGCCGGAAAACCCUAUGGUCGCUUAACUCCGGGUCAACCUGCCCAGAAAACCGUCACACAGCGUCUCUCCUGGAUCCUCCUCUCCGUCCUCCUCCGCCGUCAGGGAAUCUUCCUCUUUGCUCCCUUUCUAUACCUCUCAUGCACGUUCUUCUACAUGGGAACUGUUUCAUUCGAUGCUGUGCCUAUCAUCAAGCACCGCGCUACGCCUGGGUCCAUCUACCGCAGCCCUCAAUUGUAUCUAAAGCUUCUACCCGAGAUGGAUUCCGACAAUUCAUCUGCAGAUGCGAUAUCAACUAUAUGGAAGCACUCUUAUAAAGCUGAUGAGUGGAGACCGUGCACAAACGAGUCAUCUGGAGGUUUACCAGAAUCAAAUGGCUAUAUUUAUAUUGAGGCCAAUGGUGGUUUGAAUCAACAAAGAACAUCAAUAUGCAAUGCUGUCGCUGUCGCUGGAUAUCUUAAUGCUACUCUUGUGAUUCCACACUUCCAUUUUCAUAGCAUAUGGAGGGAUCCAAGCAAAUUCGGAGAUAUUUAUGAUAAAGAGUUUUUUGUCAAAAUCCUCGAACAUGAUGUACGAGUGGUGGAUACAAUUCCUGAUUACAUUAUGGGAAGGUUUGACCACAACAUGAGCAAUGUAUACAACUUCAGGAUAAAAGCAUGGUCUUCUAUUAAUUACUACAAAGACACUGUUUUGCCGAAGCUGCUUGAAGAGAAGAUCAUCCGGAUUUCCCCUUUUGCAAACCGUUUGUCAUUUGAUGCUCCUUCAGUAGUUCAAAGGCUUAGGUGCUUGGCCAAUUACGAAGCCCUUCACUUUUCAAAGCCCAUUUUAUCUUUGGGUGAAUCACUUGUUGCUAGAAUGAAAGAAAGAAGUGUAAAUAACAGUGGCAAGUAUAUUUCAAUUCAUCUUCGCUUUGAAGAGGAUAUGGUUGCUUUCUCCUGUUGUAUAUAUGAUGGUGGAGAUAGAGAGAAAAAAGACAUGGAUGCUGCAAGGGAGAGAGGAUGGAAGGGAAAAUUUACGAAACGUGGUCGAGUUAUACGUCCUGGAGCGAUAAGGAUAAAUGGGAAGUGUCCCUUGACACCUUUAGAGGUUGGUUUGAUGUUACGAGGGAUGGGAUUUGAUAAGACCACAUCCAUCUAUUUGGCAUCCGGUAAAAUAUAUGAUUCAGAGAGAUACAUGAAACCUCUAUUGGAAAUGUUUCCUCUUUUACAAACAAAAGAGAUGCUUGCAUCACCAGAAGAACUGACUCCAUUUCAGAAUUAUUCAUCCAGGAUGGCUGCUAUAGACUACACUGUAUGUCUUUACAGUGAAGUAUUUGUGACCACACAAGGUGGGAACUUCCCACAUUUCCUGCUAGGCCACCGAAGGUACUUGUAUGGCGGUCACUCCAGAACAAUCAGGCCUGACAAGAGAAAGUUGGCACUAAUAUUUGAUAAUCCAAAUAUUGGGUGGAAAAGCUUCAAGCGCCAGAUGCUAAAUAUGCGAGCGCAUAGUGAUUCAAAAGGGAUUGAGCUCAAAAGGCCCAACGACUCUAUAUAUUCCUUCCCCUGUCCGGAUUGCAUGUGCCGUGUUAAUAAAACAAAAGAUUCAAGAUCUUCACCUGGGACGUGAACUCAAGUGAAUGUUUUUCGCUUCCUGUAAUUUUUGUGAACAUCUAGUUACUAACCCCUGCGAUUCUUUCAUUUCCCCCCUCUAUCUGCUGGAGAGAGACCGACGACUUGAAUAUUAAAGCUUGGUUUCUGAGGAUGAAUCUAAAUAUUUUAGGGGCCAUGGCUUGCUGGGUAACUCUGCUCUUUCUUUUACCUCACGGACAAUACCAGAAGAAAGAAUGGAAUUGAAGACAGUUUUUGCUUCAUGAAGUUGCCCAGGUGUUUGUUAAAAUCACUUGUCUAAUAGCGCUGAUAAUUCACUUGUCUGAUAGCUGAAAAUUCACAGCAGAACAUACAUGUACCACCACCACAUUUGGUUUUUGCUAUAAAUGUUGUUUUCUGUACGUCACUUGUUCAGUUGUGUAUUAGACUACUGUAUUGAAGGACAAUGAGCAGUAAAGCACUUUCGAAAAAUUCGUGGGUGUCAAAUUCUUAGGUUGG